AGCCGGGAGCGAGUAAACCUUUAGGGAACGCUCCUUUUCGGAGGGCCCGGGAGAGGGCUGGCUGAGGAACUAUAUGGGGCUUGACGACCAGACAGGCAAUCCCAAACCCUGCCAGGCCGCCACUGACCGCAGGAAAUCCCAGAUGUUGGGUAGGAAAGGCGAGGCAGCGCACACUGAUGAAGUGCCUAUUAUGUGUCAGGCCGGGUGGAUCCCAAGUAACGUCCAAACCACCCAAUUCCCUGAUCCCUGGGAGCUCCCAGAUUAAUGGGGGAGAUGCAAGGCCCAGGACACCGGCCAAACCAGCAGCGGCCCCAUAUUCACGCCGGGGACCGGCCCUUGGAGGGGACCUGGCAGAGAGCAGCGACUUCCCUGUUCCGGGUGGGGGAGGGAAGAAGAAGGCGGGAUUGUGCGGCUGCUAAGCGACUUGACCAAUGUCUUCUUCGAGCCUCCCAACAACCCUGGGAGGUAGGGGCUACCUAUUAUUAUCAUCCCCAUUUUACAAUUGAGGAAAACGAAAGGAACCGAGGGACCAUUAUCAUCUCGAGCUCUCUUGGACAGUAAUAGCACAGGAGACUGAGCAAACACCUAACUAACUGCCCUGGAGGAAUUUGUCACCAGGUUCAUGUGAACAGAACUGACAGGUGUGAUUGCUGAGUCCCUGGCCCUAGUAUGUGAGAGCUAAGGGGAAAUGGUUCUGCCCAAUUUUCCAAGGGAUUCGAAACCAGCCCCCAAGGGUGCCAUGUCACUUUGGUGGGAGGCACCCUGCUGGGUCCUGGGUGGUCCUCUUGUAAUCCCAUGGAGAUAACCUAAAGCUGGGAGGACAGAGUUGGGUCUAAAUGAAUCCAAUGCCAGUGGGAUGACUGGGAAGUCUUAUCUAAGAGUUCACAGAGUCAACUUCACCAGGGAAGGGUGGGAAGCUUCUAUAAGGGCUCUUUGAAGCAGCCCUAGCUAUCUAGGGGACUGGCUCUACUUCGGGGCACUGUGGCUGAAGGACACCGAGGAACUGGCAAGGGUCCAGAGGAGGGCAGCCCUGAUGGUGAAGGGCCUCCAGGAGCCAAGUUUGAGGGAAGUCCAGCAAAAGCCACUCAGCACUCCGGUCCAGCAGGCACAAAGGGCCUCGAAGACCUCCUCACAACAGCCUCAUCCUUCAGGCUUUGCUCCCCCAGCCCGCUGCCGCUGCCGCUGCUGCCGCCGCUGCCGCUGCUGCCGCCGCCGCCGCCCACCUGGUGGGGGAACAGUGAGGGUGUUUCUCCUCCCCUGGGCAGGGAGGGCCUCCCGCCUGCUCUGGGUCCCCUCCAUAUAGGGAGACCCGAGCGUCGGCCCCGCCCUCUCCGCUCCUCUCUCUCGCCUAGAGGUGAUGAUUCACACUCUGGCUGGGCAGGGGUGGGGUGGGCAGCAGCCUCACCUACUUCCUACUGGGCGUCGGGCUGCAGAGGACCCACCAGGGCUGUCAGGGACUGCCUGUGCUGUGCGGCUCGAGCUCGGGGCAGCGUCCAGCGCCUCCCAGACAGGAACUUCAGAGAAGGAGCGUCUACCUCUCUCCCUCUGGCCCCAGAAUGGCGGACUCCGAGCGGAGCGCAACACCCGACUGCUUGGCGGCCUGCACUGCGUUCUACCGCACCCGCAAGGGGAUUUUCCUCUUGGUGGAGAUGGUGCUGUGUCUGCUGAUCCUGAUCUGCUAUGGGGCUUCCCACGUCAUGGGCUACCUCACUUUACCGGUGGUGCAGAUGGUUCUGGCGGGGGUCUUUUUCGUGGUCUUCAUGUUGAACAUCCAUCACCAAUUGCAGUUCAUCAGUUGGCCUUGGAGCGACUUCUUCCGGGCCCUCAUUGCUUCAGUCCUUUUCUUCAUCACCUCGCUCAUUACCAUCAUCAAACACGUGGAUACUCAGAGUAUAGUCGGAGGGGUAUUGGGGCUUGUGGCCACCUUCCUGUUUGCCUAUGAUGCCUACAGCACCUUCCAGGCCCAGAGGAGCCGCCACACCCCAGCUGCCACCGAGUCUCCAGAUGGCCCUUCGUAGCCCCGCUGUGGCCACCAUGGGCUCCCUCCCCAAAGAGGACGGCCAGUGGAGGAAUCGGAAUGACUGUGGACCUCCCUCCUUUCUGUCCCCUUCAGGAGUCAGCCUCUCUGAGGGCCCAGGGGUUUGGGGCAGCUGGCAGACCCAGAGAGGGGGCACAGGAAGACGACAAAUAAAUGGGGAAUGAGUCAA